AAUUUUCGUAUCGAUUUUAACUCCAACAGUUUGGUACUUGUUAAGUUUUGCACAGUUUUGCACCUGCUCCUGGCACCGCCCCUAUUUGCAUCUAGAAGAAAACACACGGGAAAACAUUGAUUUUUUUGCAAUAUGAACUCCCCAAUGAAAAAUAUUCCUCUUGACGUCCAGCUGGAGCUGCAGGACAUGUAUGAGAAGGUGGAAAAGCUCCUGAACGUGGACAGCAAAUUGGACCCUCCGGUAGAGCCGUACCGGUCCAAGUACAAAGCGCAGGCCAUCCUUAAUGACAUGAAGACCAUGAUCACCUACCACAUGGAUGAUCUGGCGUCAGAUGACCCUGAGCGACCACUAAUUCAUGCUAUGCUUGGCUCGGUUCUACUCACUGCAGGUACUACCUCUUUGGACGUUGAAGAAUUCUCGACAGGAGAAGAACAGCUCACCAAUUGUAUCAACACCCUUGAAGAAUUUUCCCUCCAUCCUACAUGCAUAAUUUUUGUUUUGAACGCACUGAAUCAGCUUGGAGUUCUCUGGUCUGAACGGGACAACCCUAAAAAGUCUUUACAAUUUUUAGAGAAAUCAGAAAAAUUAUACAAAGAUUUUGUAUGCAACAAUCAAGCUGCUGUAAAAAUUGUAUCACCCAAUGAUUUAUUUGCAACUUCGGAGAAAAAGGGAGAUGGCGAUGAGAAGCUCGAGAAAACUCAUACCCUUACACUUUACUACUUGGCUCAAGUUUUUGGCACUCUCGGUCAGCCUUUGAAGUCUGCUCUUUACUGCCACACUACGUUAAGCAGACAGCUUGAAAGCAAAGAGUUUGAUCCAAUUGAUUGGGCCUUAAAUGCAGCUACACUCUCACAGUUUUUUGCCACCCACAAUGGAUUCAAAGAGGCAAGACAUCAUUUGGCAGCUGCACAGCUGAUAUUGGAGAGACACAAGGAAACCUUGGACCAACAAGAAGGCACAGAGGAGGAAAAAGAGGCCAAGCAAGAAAGGCUGAACCACAGAAGUGCAGAUGUUGCAAGAUGCUGGGCCAAAUAUGGCUUAAAUUUGUUGCAAAUGUCUCAUUCAAGACUUAUUAGACUCUCCAAUGACGAUGUCCCUGGUGGAGAAACUGUCCCAAAUGUAGAUGAUGGGUCACUAACGUUAAAAAAUCUUGCAGCAAAUUCUUCCAUUCCUGCAGGAGAGUUUGACAAUUUGUCAUUUCCAACCUUGGAGCUUGAUGUAUUCGAGUGCAAAGUCACUGAUAAGCCUGCGAAUGUAUUUGACGAAGCUCGUCCAAUUUUUCUGAAUGCAAAAGAGUGGCUCGACAAGGCAAAAAGUUACUACACAAUGGAGAACCACGCAUCAGAUGCUGUGGAAAUCAUGCAAGACAUGAGUCGGUUAUACCAAAAUUUGAUUUUCUUUGAGGAGGAUGAGGACAGGCAAAGUAAAAUGCAUAAGAGGCGGAUAGAUAUUCUCGAAGAGGCUCUUGGUGAACUGAACCCUCAGUUCUACAUGCCAAUUUGCAGGCAGCUUUGGUUCGAGUUGGCCGAAACAUACACAGAAUUAUUUGAAAUUAAGAGACAGAAGAUUAGAAACAGCGAUGAGGGCCCAACACCACAUGCAUUGCAGAAGAUUAAUCUUAUAUUGACAAAAGGAAUCCAGCAUUUAAAUAAUUUUAUUCAGUCACUCUUUGUUAAGGGAACUAAAUCAUUGCCUGACGUUAUACAAGAUGAUUUGGUUCGUCCUGUGCUGCUGGCUUACUUUUACCUUGGAAAAUUGUACCGCGAAAUCAUCGUUCCAGAUAAAGAAGUCCAAAUUAAAAAUUUGAACAGCAGCAUUGACGCCUACCAGUUCAUUGUGAAAUACUGUGAUAACCACGAAGAAGCAAAAAAUCUAAUGAAUGCAGAGCUUGGAAUAUGCAGAGAGAUGCUUGAACUGCUGCCAAUAAAGUUGAGAAGGAUGAGUGAAGCAUAAUUUUUGUCUAACAACUCUAAAAUGACUUUAUUGGUAAAACUUUCAAAAGCACAGUAAACAAUAACUUAUUGCUGCAAAUCAGAAUUGUGUUUAUCUUCAUUCAAACCAUCAAAAACUGUGGCUUUAGAAUUUAACUCUUCCACUCUCGAGUUGCACAUGUCAAACGACUCAUUUGAAGUGGUCAUUAUUUCGUCUUCCGUCGACUGUUCGAUUUUCACAGGCACCAAUGGAACAUCACUUGUUACAACCCCC